AUGACGAUGCUUCUCCCCCCCCUCGUCCCCCUCGCCCUCCUCGGCACCAGCUUCGUCUUCGCCGUCAUCGAGCUCGGCCUCAGCGCCCACGUCGCCUCCUUCUACACCGGCGCCCACGAAGUCUACUCCUGGGGCUACACCUACACCGUCAACUACACCGUCCCGGGCAUCCUCGCCUUCCUCAUCUUCACGUCCGUGUGGACGCUGCUCGUGUGCGCCGCCGCCGUCGCGCUGCCGUGGUUCUUCCGCGCCAAGGCCGGCGCCGGCGCCAGCUCCAAGUUCAACGCGAUCCUCUCGUAUGGCCUCGCCUCGGCGUUCUUCGGGACCAUGGUGUUCUGGCUCGCGUGUUUUGCGGAUAUCGCGGCCGGGCUGGGCGGUUGGACGAGUUAUUCGGAUUAUUUGAAUGCGGUGAUUGCGUUUGCGGUGUUGUUGUGGCUGUUGUUCCUCGCGCUGUUCAUCGUCAUUGUGCUGGCUAUUUGUGGCGUCCUGGAGUCCGAUGUCCCCGGUUAUCGCUCCCUGACCAAGAAGGAGCAUGCACCUGCGCCUCCAGUGGCUGCGGAGCCUGCGCAGAUGCAGACCGUUGAGGUCUAG